CGAGCGCAGUAUUGCUUUGAGGUUAUAAUUAUAUGUCAUCGCAAAGAAAAUCAAUCGUCUACUCGUCUACUUCAUUUUACGGCAUGACACUCGUUAUAAUUUCAUUACAAUUGGAUUUGCUAUUGCUAUGCUUAUAAAUAAAUUAAUUAAUUACGUCGCACUACAUCAAUCAGGACCCUCUCUGACGGGAUUCGACCACAGUGCAUUGGUGGUACAAGGGUACGGAAAGAAUAUAUUCCAUGAGUUAACAAACACUCGGUAUGUUAGCUUGGUCAUAGAAAUAAAAAAUCAUCGGCUUUCGGGUUGCUUUCGGUCGGAUAAAACAAUGAACUGUCAAAGCGGUGAUGUUUCGGUGAUUCAUGUCUGAUAAUGGCUGUUUUACAAUCUUUCAACAUGGGUGAUAUAGUUCAUCUUAAUGUUGGGGGGACAAGAUUCUCAACAUCUUGUCAAACUCUGACAUGGAUACCAGACUCAUUUUUCACUGCAUUGCUCAGCAAUAGAAUGACGUCACGGAGAGAUGAAAAUGGGGCGCUUUUCAUUGACAGAGAUCCAAAAAUAUUUGCAAUUAUUCUUAACUAUUUGCGUACACGAGACAUCGAUCUGAAAAAUAUGGAUAUACGUGCUUUAAGGCACGAAGCUGAGUAUUAUGGAAUAACUCCUCUGGUAAAAAGACUGAUGCUAUGCGAGGAUCUGUCGCAGUCUUCUUGUGGAGACGUUUUGUUCUAUGGUUAUUUACCGCCACCAUGCAUUCCGUUGCACGAGCCUCCAGCAGUUACUCCCAAUGUCAGUGACGUUUCAGUCCAUGGACGACUUGUUGGGACACAGAGCUUUUCUAGAACUGAAACCCCCAGUACUUCAUAUGGAAAUUCUCAAACUGUAGGACCUUCCAAUCAAUCUAAUAAUACCAAUGGUCAGCGGAACCCAAAAGCAUCAACUUCUUCUCAUGGUCGAAAUUCAUCACUCGAUUAUCGAAUUUCUCAGAGGGGUUUGUCACAUUCGAGAAACUCAUCUUUGGAUCUGAGACAUGUACGAAACAGUUCCGCAGAUAUGAACAAAAUGUUCAAGAAUGACAUUGGCCUGAUUUUUGGACCGCAACAAGGCUGGUACGAUCCACUGCGAGUACACAUAAUAAAGGCUCACCACAAUUGGAUAGUAAUAGCGUACGCUCACUUCAUAACGUGUUAUCGUUUAAAAGACUCAUCCGGUUGGCAACAUGCAUUCACGAGUCCACAUAUCGAAUCAAUAAUAGAGAGAGUAGCGAUAAAUGCAAAAAUGGGCAGCGGUGCUGAAGGGAAAAUGGUAGCGAUUUCGUAUGCGAGUCAAGUGCGAUUAUGGAGCGUUUCGGAGGAUGGUAUUAAGGCGAAUAUUGGCACGUUCAAUCUGAACGUACGCGUCGAAUAUUUGUUUUUCAUCGGUAGCCAAUUGGUCGCACUUUCUUCAACCGGUAAAAUUGGUGUUUGGCACGCGAUGUCUCAACAUUGGCAAAUUCAGGACGUCGUACCGAUCUCUUCGUUCGAUACCGCUGGCUCUUUUUUAUUGCUCGGUUGCAACAACGGCUCUAUUUAUUAUAUCGACAUGCAAAAGUUUCCGUUACGCAUGAAAGAUAACGAUUUACUAGUUACGGAGUUGUACAGAGAUCCGAGCCUCGACCCGAUCACCGCCAUUUCGGUCUAUUUGACACCGAAAACAACAUCUGAGAGGGGGAGGGAAGGUCUCUGUGGCAAUUGGAUCGAAAUCGCUUAUGGCACGAAAUCCGGAAGCGUACGUGUGAUUGUACAGCAUCCGGAAACUGCUGGUCAUGGACCUCAACUAUUUCAGACUUUUACCGUUCACCAAAGCAGUGUUACGAAGGUAACUCUGUCCGAAAAAUAUUUGGUUUCGGUUUGCUCGGAAUAUAAUCAUGUAAGAAGCUGGGCCGUGACGAGGUUCAGGGGGAUGAUUUCUACGCAGCCAGGCUCGACGCCCGAAGCAAGUUUCAAAAUUGUGUCUCUGGAUUCUGUCGAUUCGUGUAUCAGUUACCCAGCGGGCAACGAUUUCGGACCUUUCGGUGAACAAGAUGACGAACAAGUUUUCGUGCAAAAAGUCGUGCCCGAAACCGAUCAAUUGUUUGUUCGAUUGGCCUCGAAUGGCAAAAGGGUUUGCGUCAUACAAUCUGUCGAUGGUAGUAUUAUAACUUCAUUUUGCGUUCACGAGUGCGAAGGAUCUAGCAGAAUGGGCUCCAGACCAAGGAGAUUUAUUUUUACUGGACAUUCCAACGGUACCAUUCAAAUGUGGGAUUUAACAACUGCUCUCGAUCCUUCCUUCGACUCGGCUCAGGCGAAAAACGUGGCCGGUGGGCCAACGCCGGAGGAGCUUUGGAAAUUAUUGGACCAAUGUGAUUUGAGCAACAGUCAUUGUUCGACACCGUGUUUAAGCCCGUGUCCAUCACUCGUUGCAACUGGACCAAGGCUCAAAGCGAGCAACGUUUUGUUUCUCAAUCAAUCCCAAAACUCCGAGUCUAGCCCGAACUCUAGCCAACUAUAGAACAUUUUUCCCAAGAGAUCAAAGACUGUCAUGAUAAAAGGAGCGAAUGAUUGUUGAAUCGUGGUGGAAUGAAUAAACGUAGAUCGUGCGCGAAUGGAAAUUUCUUAGCUGAUUCGUCUGUUAGAUUCGUUUUAGUAUAAAUAAUGACGAAUCAGCCUAAUUGUAUACACAAUGAAUUUUUUCAUAAUUGAAUUGCAGGAGGCAAAUCUCGACAAUGAAUUUUACGGAUUACUCGUAUUUUGUUACGUUUGUGCGAUAUGAAAAUGUUUUAAUGUUCGAAAAAACGUAAAAAUAAUCGUUGUGACUGGUUUAUCGCUCUGUCUCUCUGUGAUAAAAAUAAGAAAAUCGAUGUAAACAUUCGUUGAAAUCUCUGAUUUCAAGAUUUGUACAUAAUGUUUUAUUAUAAAAUAAAAAUAGAACACAAAUAUUGUCAUGUCAAA